GACCAGUCUCAGCAAGAAGGUUAAACAACAUGGAAGGGUCAAUUUCAGGCAGAAACCUAACCGUUUUGUGGUUAAAGCCGCCGCUAAAGAUAUCGCCUUUGACCAACAUUCACGCUCCGCUAUGCAAGCCGGAAUUGAUAAACUUACCGAUGCUGUUGGCCUCACUCUUGGACCCAGAGGGAGGAAUGUUGUGUUGGAUGAGUUUGGAAGUCCUAAGGUAGUUAAUGAUGGUGUGACAAUUGCAAGAGCUAUUGAGCUUCCUGAUCCCAUGGAAAAUGCUGGUGCAGCUCUUAUAAGGGAGGUUGCAAGUAAAACUAAUGACUCUGCUGGUGAUGGGACUACAACGGCUUCGAUUCUGGCUAGGGAAAUUAUUAAGCUUGGACUUCUCAAUGUAACAUCGGGUGCUAAUCCUGUGUCGAUCAAGAAAGGAAUUGAUAAAACUGUGGCGGCUUUGGUGGAAGAGCUUGAGAAGUUGGCUAGGCCUGUUAAAGGUGGAGAUGAUAUAAAAGCUGUUGCUACUAUUUCUGCUGGAAAUGAUGAGUUGAUUGGAAAAAUGAUUGCUGAAGCGAUUGACAAGGUUGGACCCGAUGGUGUUUUAUCCAUUGAGUCUUCUUCCUCGUUUGACACGACAGUUGAAGUUGAAGAAGGAAUGGAGAUUGAUAGAGGAUAUAUCUCCCCUCAGUUUGUAACAAAUCCAGAGAAAUCAAUUGUUGAAUUUGAGAACGCUAGAGUCUUGAUUACCGACCAGAAGAUUUCAGCAAUCAAAGAUAUCAUUCCUCUGCUGGAGAAAACCACUCAAUUGAGAGCCCCCUUGCUUAUCAUUUCUGAAGAUAUCACUGGUGGGGCUUUGGCGACCCUUGUUGUCAAUAAGCUGCGUGGUAUCCUUAAUGUCGCUGCCAUCAAAGCUCCAGGAUUUGGUGAAAGAAGAAAGGCCCUUCUUCAAGACAUUGCUAUAUUGACAGGUGCUGAGUUCCAAGCCAGUGAUCUGGGCCUUCUCGUUGAAAACACGACAAUUGAACAACUUGGUUUGGCCCGGAAGGUGACCAUCUCCAAGGAUUCUACCACUAUUAUUGCCAAUGCUGCAUCAAAGGAUGAGUUGCAAUCCAGGGUUGCACAACUAAAGAAAGAGUUGUCUGAGACAGACUCAAUUUAUGAUUCUGAGAAACUCGCCGAGAGAAUCGCUAAGUUGUCUGGUGGAGUUGCUGUCAUCAAGGUCGGUGCUGCCACAGAGACCGAACUGGAGGAUCCAUCUCCAGAGUUUCCUUCAGUGGAUGAUCAACAAAAAGGUGGUAAGCAAGAAGUUCCAGGAAUGAAAACAGUACAGACAGUUUUGGAGCGAACUGCAACACCUGUGGUCUAUAAUGAUAUGCCUGAUGCCCUCUGUCUUAAGGAUUCUCUAACCGCUGUCCGCAAUGCUACACAAGUUGCCGAUCGCAUACAUCGAGUAUUCAGAAUGCAGUCCUUUCAGAGGAAGCAGUUAACUCAGUAUGAGGAUGAUGAGUUUGGUUUGUUAGAUCAGAGGGUUCUUUCCCUACUAACUUCUAAGUCGUGCAAAUCAGGACAAGGAGAUGGUUUAUUCAAUACUGCUGCAGCAACAACACACAAAAAUCAGUCCAAUUCCAAAAAAAAGGGAAAACAUAUAUUCAAGUGA